GGUCCGCCCGGCGGGCGCGAGUCCCUCCUAUGGCCGGCAGCCGGUGGGCGGCUCGCCGCCGGCCGGACCCCGAACUCGGUCGCGGAGGGGGCGGCGCGGCGGCGGCCGCCGAACAGCAACAGCAGCAGCAGCAGCAGCAACGGCAACAGCGGCCGCAGCAGCAGAACCCGAUCGGCGCAGCCGCCGCUGAGCAGCAGCACGCUCAGCAGCAGCAGUCGUCGUCGUCGUCCAAGCCGCCGUCGCUGGUGCCGGGCCGCCUGCAGUCCCGGCCGCACGGACGCACCGAUGCACGCCGUCGCCGCCACCAGAUUAUGGUGCACAACUUCCUCGAGAGGCCGCGAGGAUGGAGGGCCGCCCUCUACCACAUCGCCGUAUUUUUAAUGGUUUUCACGUGUCUGGUGCUAAGUGUUUUUUCAACAAUCAAAGACUUCGAACUAUUAGCCGGUGCCAUACUGCUGCGAAUGGAGAUCGUGAUGGUCAUCUGGUUCAGCAUCGAGUUUUUCUGCCGGCUAUGGUCGGCAGGCUGCCGGUCCAGGUACCAAGGGUGGAUGGGGAGGCUACGCUUCCUCCGAAGCCCCUUCUGUGUGAUAGACGUGAUCGUGAUCGUGGCGUCCGUGGUGGUCCUGGCCAUGGGCAGCAGCGGCCAGAUGUUCGCAGCAUCGGCGCUCCGAGGUCUCCGGUUCUUCCAGAUCCUCCGGAUGGUGCGCAUGGACAGGCGAGGGGGCACCUGGAAGUUGCUCGGAUCUGUCGUCUACGCGCACCGUCAGGAGCUCAUCACCACAUUGUACAUUGGAUUUCUAGGACUCAUCUUUUCUUCAUUUCUUGUAUUUCUCGCCGAGAAAGAUAUCAAUCCUGAAAAGUUUGGCAAUUAUGCCGAUGCCCUUUGGUGGGGUGUGAUCACCCUCUGUACAGUAGGUUAUGGUGACACCGUGCCCGUCACGUGGCCCGGGAAGUUGAUUGCAUCUUUUUGUGCUCUCAUGGGAAUCUCCUUCUUUGCUCUGCCUGCAGGAAUCCUGGGGUCUGGAUUUGCGCUCAAAGUACAACAGCAGCAGCGACAAAAGCACAUGAUCCGACGGCGUGUGCCAGCUGCUACUCUAAUCCAGUGCCUGUGGAGGUGCUACGCCGCAGAUGAAAACUCCAUGUCCGUGGCAACGUGGAAGAUUCAUCAGGUCCCUCUGCCCAGUCCACCAACCUAUGCCUCAGGGUCGUUCACAAGCACAAAGCGCAGAGACAGACUGGACCUGCCAGCCCCAGGUGCUGGAAUUCUGUUCAAGCACAACACGUCUUUCGUGAGCAGGCUGUCUACGAUACGUCGGCACCGACAGCCCGCCACUCCGUCGCACUUGCAUUCCCCGAUGUCCCGGAGUCGCUACCACUGCGACUCUAACGCCAGCCAGGACAAUGUAAUGCACUCGGGGAGGCUUCCGGCCAGCUUCAGCGAGGACAGCGUCGCCAGAGACAUCUCCGAUGCCUCAAAACGAAACUCGGACGAUUGCUGCGCCGAAGAUGGGACCACUCCUUACGGCCUCUGCGUGUUGCUGCAGAAAGAAUUCACCAACCCGCCGUUCCUAGCCCUGUCGCCUGGCUUUAGGUCGGCUCCAGAUACAGACGAAGAGCCUGAAGAACCUAGGCUUACAGUGCUCACGAAACAGCAUAAAAAUGCUAUUAGAUCGCUCAGAAAGAUUAAAUAUUUCGUAGCGCGGAGGAAAUUUAAGGAGGCCCUGAAGCCUUAUGAUGUGAAAGACGUCAUCGAACAAUACUCAGCCGGUCAUGUUGAUCUCCUUGGACGAACCAAGAAUAUUCAAUUCAGACUGGACCAAAUAUUAGGAAAAGUUGGCUCCAAAGCAAAAGAUGUUUACGAAUCAAAGAUAAGCCUAGCAUCGAGGAUCGUGAAAGUUGAGCGAGCCGUCGAGGACAUCGAGUCCAAGCUGGACCAGCUGAUGGAGAUGUACAUGGAGGACCGGGCGCGACUGUUGGCCGUACCCGCCGUGCCUCCGCCAGGGCUCAGCCUGCGUCACCAGCCGCCGCCACCACCGCCACCGUCAGCGGCGCCUUCCAUGGCGCCCUCGCCGCCGCCUCCGCCCCAGCCACCACCUCAGCCACAGCCACAGCCGCAGCCGGUGAGCGGGGCAGCUCCGGCGCCGCCGCGAGCCACCCUGCUGGACAAGCAGUGCAGCGAGCCCAACACGCCGGUCACCAAGACCUUCGAGCGGCCCACUGUCAUGCAGCGUGGCAACUCGGACUUGGGUACGCGGCUGAGGCGCCGCAACCAGCAGAGACUCCAGGCCACCGAGGCACCCACGGAGGACCGGGGCGGACCCACGACGGCCGCGUCUUCGUCGUUGGCCAGCACUUCGGAGAGCGCGGCGGCCAGCGACGACGAGCCGAGCGGAGCUGAGGAGGAAGACGUGAGCGUGGUCACCGUGUCCGUCACGGAGACGGCCGCGCUCCUCAGGCCGACGCUGCACAACUUCUCCUCCGCCUGAUUUCCAGGCCGGGACGUCGCGGGGCGACGCCUCCCGCUCGCGCGCGAGUCGGCGGCGGAGCGCAGCGCCGGCGCGCCGCCGAACGGAGGCCGUCACCCGCGCCGCCCGGCUACGCAGGCGGCGGCCGUGACGACGCGGCACCGCAUACCGAUCGUGACCACGAUGCUGCCCUUGCGCGCAUGCCAGCGCACCCUGUUUCACGACGCGAUUUUACGGGAGGCCCGUGACAAAACGCGAUGUUUCGCAUGAGCACGUUCUCACUCGUUCAACUGCCGCUAAACGACAGUCUGACCUUGCCCCAGUGGUGGGCGCUUUGCACCGAAGGUUACGCACCACCGCACUGUAGCAAAACAGUUGUUUACUGAUUCGUUCGACACUAAUUAUUUCUGCUACUGUGGGCGACACGAAUUCGCAGAAAGCUGUAUAGGAUAAAUUUUUUAGGCAGUCGCGUAAAAUUCCAGGAUUUACUCGAAAUUGCCACAGCGGCAACGACAAAGGUGUUAAAACUAGGAAUUGGCACAGCCUAGUCACACGACUUGUUAAGUCAGGCGAAUAUCGCCACGUUUGAUGGUCCACUAAAACAAAGUGCUGUGCGUUAUGAAAGGCCUUCACAUCGAUGGUGGUGCUCCGUAUAUUAUGUCGCCAUUGUGUUCAGUCCUUGUGCAGGCGAAAUGCGCAAGUCUCACUGUCAGCAGAGUGGCCAGUUCUGAACCGUAAAUCCACGCGAGAACAAUGAACCGCGCUCAUUGUAGUUGCUACCUUUACGGUGCACUACGCGAAACACUAAACAGCCAAACAUUCCGAUAGCCUGAGUGGUUUGUGAUGACGGUGCUUGUCAACGAUUCAGACUGAUGCACAGAUUUUCUAGUAUAAGAAAAUGUGUUUGCGAUAGAGUGGUGCUUAAUGGUUGUUCAGAGGACAUUGUUCCCAUUUGGUAGUUCUUUCAAGAUAUAUUUUGUAUAGGUAUCAAAACUAAACAAGCUUGCGACCAAAUUUGAAAGAAAGGCUUUACUAAUUAAAGCUUUGCAUAUAGUAUGAUGUGCUCAAAUGUUCUUGCCUAAAGGCCACCUUCAUGUCCACACCUGCGCAUACAGUGGAUGCGCCGGCUAUUCAGUCUCCUUGACUACGUAUUUGUGUGCGGCUUUUAAUCGCUCAUGCUGCUUGUAUUUCUGCUGUUUCCUGUACUGCGAUGGGGAUCCUCAUCAGUCGCAGUUCUUGAAGCGCAAGAGGUUAUAAGUGAGGGCAAAUAGGGCAAAUAUUUUAUUUCUCAUUUUCGUGGGGGAAGGAUAGCUUUAUGAACAUGAUUUUUUUUGUCAGCCUGCUGCUCAGUUUGUCAACAACUCUCUCUCUAACCACGCGAUUCACUUUCUCGACGAAUUUAUGCUAUGUAGCAAAGUUAGACUUCCGCGUUACUCACCAUUCCUGCAGCCUGGAUUUUAGAAAUUUAAAGAACCCUCUUUCCCACGAUACUCUGUGAUGAUUUUUCACUGUGGUUUAUGAAUUACUUACUUUUCUAGUCCGCCAGUAUUGGUUCCCUAAACUUUUGAUUACAACGUCAUCAGCAAACGAAUAUGUGACAUACGAUGUUGUCAAGAUUGCUAUAUGUUCGCCAACAAUGCGGUACCCGAAGUUAAAGCUGUAUUUAGCGUUAGGCUGCUUGCUGCCACGUUUUAAGUGUCGGCUUGCCGUCACAGGAGAAGACACGUGACCUCAGUGCUUAUUAUUUCGUUACAAGAAGAAACAUGCUUAUUCAAAUGCAUGCCUCAAAUAAAUUAGCAGUGUGUCCUAAUUAACUCAGCUUUGACGGAGCACACCCUAUGCUCCUUGAUUGCUUGUUCGGUGGCUUCUGUUGAGAGGCACAGUUUCAGGAGAUUGUGUGACCAUUUUCUCCAUGAUAUUCGAAGUAAUCUACGGAUCGCGAUUGAAGACAUAAUAAAUGUUAUCAUCAUCUAUCUUAUGAAUAAGCUAGCAUAUGUUCGUUCUACCGUAUUUGUUUGCAGGAGUGAGUUUUUGCGUCAAAAUGUCGCUCGAAGCAUAAUUGAAGCACUCCUCCUGCAGUAAUCUGUUGCAGUGCAUCUAUGAUUGCAUGCGGCAACAAAAUUAGUGCAGAAACACACAUUCAAACAACCUGUUUCGUUACCGGCCCCAUCUAGAGAAGCUUUUGACCAGCGCACCUCCUGUAACGUUUAGCAGUGCCAAGACGGGUUACCGGCUUGGAACCCUGCUGUUGCGGCAACCAUAAUUACACCAUCGGCACUUCGCAAAGACUACACUUCUCCAUAGGCACAGAAGCCCGUUUUUACAGCCUGUUGACACGGGAAACUCUAUAGCAGAAGUAUGAGGAUCACUUUUUAAAUCCAAACUUGUUCUCUUGAAAGGCCUAGUUCGCUUUCUUUGUGUGUGUGAUUUGAUGGGAGGUUGUGUCUUCCACUGCACUAGAUGUCAUGUUUGUCGCAAAAUAUUUGGCACAAGGACUUAAGUGUCUCCACGUUUUUCUCACUGUUUCAGCUUUACUUAUUUAGAACAGGCUGUGCAAGUUCUGGCAGUAUUUGUUUCCUCAGCCUUUUAAAUAAAGCGACAACACAACGAGCGCUAUCA